AUGCGGUCGAACUACCACAAAGAUGGAACUUCGAGCUUACCCCUGGCGGAAGCGACGGAGUCGAUGAAUCGGUGUGCCUCCUUGGCAUCGCGGGAGGAGUUGGCUCCAUCUUUGAGCGACAGAAGCAUGCAUAGUAAUCGACUGCAGUUGCCGGAGAGUCCUCGGACUCCUCGGAUGCAGAUGGACCAUCCUGCUCCACCAUCCGACAUGCCACGCAUUCUGAGCACUGAGUCGCAAGGCGCGGAAACAAGUGACAAUCCAAGUGGGGAUGAGAAGAUCAGCUAA